GACGAAACUAGCCAGCCAGCUAAAGGAGGGUCAUAACAAGAGAAGGACGGGCGAGAGCGAGCUAGAAGAGCACAACUAGUCUUCUUAUCAUCGUCGUCGUCGGCACACACGCCACAGGAUGACCGUCGUCGUCGACGCCGUCGUCCCCACCGAUGCGGCCGGCGCCCCUGCUGCUGCGGCCGCGGCACCGGCGGUGCGGCCGGGGAACGGGCAGACCGUGUGCGUCACCGGCGCGGCCGGCUACAUCGCCUCGUGGCUGGUCAAGCUGCUGCUCGAGAAGGGGUACACUGUCAAGGGCACCGUCAGGAACCCAGAUGACCCGAAGAGCGCGCACCUCAAGGCGCUGGACGGCGCCGCCGAGCGGCUGGUCCUCUGCAAGGCCGACCUGCUGGACUACGACGCCAUCCGCCGAGCCGUGCACGGCUGCCAGGGCGUCUUCCACACCGCCUCCCCCGUCACCGACGACCCGGAGCAAAUGGUGGAGCCGGCGGUGCGCGGCACACAGUACGUGGUCAACGCGGCGGCGGAGGCCGGCACGGUGCGGCGGGUGGUGUUCACGUCCUCCAUCGGCGCGGUCACCAUGGACCCCGGCCGCGGGCCCGACGUCGUUGUCGACGAGUCGUGCUGGAGCGACCUCGAGUUCUGCAAGAGAACGAGGAACUGGUACUGCUACGGCAAGGCGGUGGCGGAGCAGGCGGCGCGGGACUUGUGCCGGCAGCGCGGGCUGGAGCUGGCGGUGGUGAACCCGGUGCUGGUGGUGGGCCCGCUGCUGCAGCCGGCGGUGAACGCCAGCAUCGGGCACGUGCUCAAGUACCUGGACGGCUCCGCCCGCACCUUCGCCAACGCUGUGCAGGCGUACGUGGACGUGCGCGACGUGGCCGACGCGCACCUCCGCGUCUUCGAGAGCCCCCGCGCGUCCGGCGGCCGCUACCUCUGCGCCGAGUCCGUCCUCCACCGCGAGGACGUCGUCCGCAUCCUCGCCAAGCUCUUCCCCGAGUACCCCGUACCCACAAGGUGCUCCGACGAGGUGAACCCGCGGAAGCGCCCGUACAGGUUCUCGAACCAGAAGCUCCGGGACCUGGGCUUGGUGUUCCGCCCGGUGAGCCAGUCGCUGUACGACACGGUGAAGAACCUCCAGGAGAAGGGCCACCUAGCGGUGCUGGGAGAGCAAACGACGACGACGACGACGGAGGCCGGCCGCGAGGAGUGCCCCGCCGCCGACCUGCAGCAGCAGGGAGGAAUCGCCAUCCGCGCGUGAGACUGAGAGACAUGCAGGUAUGCAGCAUGGCAAGUACGCGUGUUCGUUCGUACUGCCCAGCGCAUGCCGCGGCCGGCCUGCUGUGUGUAAGCAAACUAGUGUUUUUUUAAUUAAUUAAUUUCUCUGUCUGAUACGUACCUCGGCCCACCCUAAGGCUUGUAACGUCGUGUUCGGUCUUGUGAACUACUCUAGCGAGUGAAUCUCUAUACUAUAUAAGUGUCUAUUGUAGACUUCACAUUA